AAGCUUAAUCCUUGAAUGAAGGGAAAGACGGGGAAAGGUAACCGUGGAGACGGUUCGGCCGGGUCUGCUCAUUCGUCAGGAUACCGGAGUAAGGUUCGGUCUGCUCCGUCUAGCUCCGGAUACAACAAUACUAGGAUCAGGGUUACUGUGACAGACGCAGAAGCUCAAUCCCAUGUAGAACUAGACUUCAGUACUCCGUCUCCACCCUCGGAGCUAGAUAGGUUUAGCUCAUCCAACCAGGAAUAUGUUGAUUAUUCACCAAGGUACAAACGUCCUCUCCAGUAUGAAGAGAGAACUAGUGAUACGGACACUUCUAGUAUAAACUCCAGACCGAAAUCUGGUGCAGCUUCUAGAAAUAGCCGUGAAUCAUUAGGCAGUAGAAAAUCCAGUCCGGAAUCGAGUCAGGUAUCGACAAAAGAACAAAAUAUAACAAGACCAAGGUCACACAAUAAACAUAAUCAAGAUCAAAGAUCAAGAACUAAAGAAAAUCCGCGAACAGAAGAAAGACAAAGAUCAUUGUCAAGAGAGAGAUCAGCCUUAGAUCAGAACCAUAGAACAAGAUCGUUAGAGAGAAUAUAUAAACAAGAAGAUACGUUAACAGAUCCAACUCAAGUAUAUAUAAAGGAGCAGAGUCGGAGAAUAAACUCUAGCGGAGCAAGUAGAGUAGUAGAUCAAACCCAGAACUCUAAACAUAAUUUGAGUCGACAGGAGAGUAAGGGUGAAAAGAAAGAACUCAAUAAAGGAAAGCUGCACCGAAGGCAAACAUUUACUCAGAUUUCUGCGGGUUCAAGUGAUCAGGGUUGGAGAAGAAACCAGGAGGAUAUCAAGGUCGGAAAUAAUUCUGAGAUGACAAUGAAAAAACCAUCCCGGGAUGGGUCUCCGGAUAGACCGUCUUGGGGGUUCGGAAACUCUAGGAUACCGAGUAGACAGGAGGUUGGAUAUGAUUAUAAUGAUAGUGGACCGCUCUAUGAGAGAUCUGUGAGUAGGAACUCCAAACUACCAUCCAGAGCUCCGAGUAGGAAUGCUCUAAAUGAGUCUGCAGGUUUAUCCUAUGAUGAUAUUACAAGCAGUAACACUCUUCAACUAAACAAGAAACUGAGUAGACAAGAAUCAAGACUCAGUAUGAUUUCUAAUAUAACCUCAAGGUACAAGGAGGAACUCCAAAACCAUCGAGCGAUGAAGAUAACGAUAUACAAGAACGGAGAUCAAUGGUUUGAAGGAUUUGAAUUGAGAUAUAAACCAGCCAAAGAUUUCUUAACCCUGGAGUCCCUUCUGGCAAAAAUAUCCCCAAGGAUUGAUUUUACAACCUCUGUAGCAUAUUUGUUUGACACGGAUGGUAACAAAAUUCUUAACUUGGAAGAUCUGGAAGAUGGACAGUCCUACGUAGCCUCAAACUCGAGAAGAUUUAUUGCUGCUAAUUAUGGUAGAGUCGGAGAAGCGUUCUGGAUGGAAGGAAGCAGGACCAAACAUGUUAGAAUAGUAACAAGGAAAAGCUCAGGAAGCUCUAAAUCUUCAUCUAAUGAUAGUAAACCAGGUUCUGGAGAUGGCAGAGUAAUCAAGAUUAUUAACAAUGAUGAUACUACAGUGUCAGAGCGAGUUCUACUUAAUCUGAGAACCUCUCAACCCUUCGAGGAGGUGGUAAGCGAUCUAGGACAAGUAUUAAAGGUUAAAGGAGCAGACAGAAUGUAUUCUCUGUCAGGAAGAGAAGUCAAAAGUUUUUCUCAUUUUCGUCAUGAGUUCAUGGAUGAUGAAGAAUUCGUUAUAACUUCAGGUCCAGCUAAGAUCAACAAGUUAAUUUACAGAUUGCCAAGAAGUGGAAGUUUAUCAAGAAGUAGAAGUCAAACAUCAAACAAAAGAACACCAAGAUCAAGAUCAUUGUCAGUGACUAGAGAUAUGGAUGCAGCAGGAAACUUUAAAAUAUUGAUUAAAGGCUCUAGAAAGGUUUAUCAAGCUCCGCUCCAGCUUCCUCCAGAGGAUAAUUCUCCUCCCGAUCAUCAGCUUGCUCUGGAGUGGGUCUACGGAUACCGAGGAGCAGAUCAGGCCAGGAACCUCUGGGUCCUAGAGAAAGGAGAUCUAGUCUACUAUAUCGGAGCUGUUUUUAUCAUUUACAAUCGGAUGGAUGAAAAACAGAAACAUUACAGAGGACAUACAGAGGACGUUCAGUGUGCUGAUCUUCAUCCUCUCCAGGAUAUCAUGGUAUCUGGACAGAAGGCAGGCGUAGUUCCAGAUACAGAAGCGCAUAUCAGGGUUUGGGAUCUUAUCACGCUGGAAACUCUGGCUCUGCUCGGGAUAGGAGAGUGUGGUUUGGGUAUCAGUGGUGUAGCCUUCUCUACCCUUAACAAAGGACAGUUUGUUUCAGCAGUAGAUGAAUCUAAUGAUCGUAUCCUAUCUAUCUGGGAUUGGCCCAAGGAUGAGUUAAUUGCUAGAGUUGUGACAAACACAACAAAAAUCUACGGAUUGGCAUUCCAUCCCUUUGAUAACAAUCUGAUCAUAACUCACGGAGUGGGUCAUCUUUGUUUCUGGGGUCGGAGAAAAGAUUCAUUCUUUGAGAGAGUUGAUGUGGCGGAUAAAGAUUCUUUACAAGUUAGUUUCACCACUAUUGAGUUCCUAGAGAGCGGAGAUCUAGUGGUUGGAGAUAGUGAAGGAUAUAUCAGCUCCUACAGUGUAACUAAUGAGGGAGAAUAUUAUCAAAGUUUCAAGUUCCCAGCUCAUGAGAAAGCAAUAUCAUGCAUUUUUAUUAUGGCAGAGGGAACUAUGUUGACUGGAGGAGAGAAGGACAGGUUUAUCAGAGCUUGGGACACAAAUGCAGAUUUUGAGAAGAUAACUGAACUGGAGUUGAAUAGUUCAGUGGGUGGACCAAGGACGAUUGCUCCGCAAUGGCCUGGAAGGUCGGAUGGUAAUAUCUAUGUUGGAACAGUCAACAACCUCAUCCUGGAGGGAUCUCUUCAGAGGAAGUUUAACAUGAUAUUGUUUGGACACACUUCUAAACUGCGAGGAAUAGCAACCCAUCCCUCCGAUAUAUCCUUUGUCUCUGUCGGCUCCGACAAGACGAUUGCAAACUGGAGAAGAUCUAAACUCCUGUGGAAGGUUCAGGUUCAGACAGAGUGUCUGAGUGUAUGUUAUCAUCCUCAAGGUACUGUAGUCGUUGUAGGAACAGCAGACGGGAAUAUGCUGGUAUUAAAGACGGAGAGUGGAGAUCUAGUAAGCACAACAAGACUAUGUGGUUCACCUAUAACUGCAGUAAAGUUCUGUUUGGAUGGAGAUUUGGUGGCUGCAGCUUCUAGCAACGGUUCUAUUUAUAUUUAUAAAUCUUCAAGGGACGGGUUUAGUUAUAAAAAGCAGUGUAAACUCUCCGGAGGGCAGUCCUUGAAUUAUCUAGACUGGGAUGAGGAUAGCGAGUAUAUGCAAACCUGUACAACAGACUUUAACUUAAACUUCUGGAGUACUCUAACCAACAAAAUGGAGAAAACUGGAAGUUCUCUCCGAGAUAUGAUCUGGGUAGAUCAAACCUGUCCUGUAGGCUGGGCGGUUAGUGGGCUCUGGAAUAAUUUCAAGUAUGAGAGUGAUGUAACCCUUAGCUCUGUCAAUGUUAAUCCUUCCCGGAGUUUAACCGUAUCCGGGGAUACGGACGGAUUUGUUCGACUUCUCCGGUAUCCGAUCCUUAGCCCUAAGGCAGAGUUUUACGAAGAGAAGGUAGUGAGUGGUCCGAUCUAUUCUAUUCGGUUCUUCUAUGAUGAAUCCUAUGUGGUCGGAGUAGGAGGAGAGGAGGGAGCAGUGUUUAAAUGGAAGAUAAAAUAGAGGUUUAAGUUAGAAGCAACAACAUAAUGUGGACCAAAUUCAGCUUAUAUUCAUAUAUAUACUUAAUGUUAAUUAUUUUACAAUCAGAAAAAUUGCAUGUGCAUAAACUUAAUUAUAAAUAUAUAUUAAUGCUAGACUUAAAA